GGUUGCUGAAAAUAAUAUUCGCUGAACAAGGAAGAUAGCCCAAAAUUGUGGUAUUUAUUAUUAACAAGUCUGUGUGCAGAAUGUAAACACAAGGUAUACCAAGGCCUUGAUAAUUACAUUACUCCAUCAUGGCAGGAGAGUUUCGUGGAUGAUGAAAUAACCCGAUGAGAUUCUCCCCUCGACGAUGCCUGUUAGCGAUUCUUCUUUGUUUGGUGGUGUGCGUUUUGUUGGGCAUUUACCUGGCCAAGGAGGAGGAAGUUAACCAGGGUCAUGUGCAGAAACAUGCUGAACGGUUGUAUGAAGAAGGUAUUCUGUUACAAAAGCUGAAACCGGCCCCAAUUUUCCACCAUGGAUCAUCCGAUAAACGAGACUCUGAUCAGGGAAACAAAAUUCUAUCUAGUAAACAACGCGUUGUUCCGUCUAUGAUAAAGAAUGUCGUACAAAUCCCGAUGGUAGUGGACAAUGCAACACUGAGGAGAUUGAAACAGCAGUACCCAGUGACAAGCAAGCAGAUUCCCUGUUACAAUGUGCACAUAUUUUACUACACCUGGUAUGGCAAUCCUCAGAUGGAUGACAAGUACUAUCACUGGGACCAUCCAUUCUUACCCCAUUGGAAUAAAAAAGAGAAGGUGAAGUGGAGAUUGGGGAGACAUGAGCCACCAGAGGACAUCGGCUCCAACUUUUACCCUAAACUUGGCCCAUAUAGUUCUAUGGACAGGGAUGUUAUAGCACAACACUUGGUGCAAAUGAGGGCAGCAAGUAUAGGAGUAUUGAGCUUGUCGUGGUAUCCUCCGAAUUUAAGUGACGACCAAGGAAAGCCUACAGACAGUCUUGUUCCAGUAGUUCUGGAUAUUGCCAAUGUCUAUGAUAUCAGGGUUAAUUUCCACAUAGAGCCAUACAAAGACCGAAAUCCAAGGACUGUACGCGAAAACAUACAGUACAUACUGGAUAACUAUGGUGGUCAUCCUGCUUUCUACAGGCGCCGUCACAAAGGACGUCUUCUGCCAGUUUUCUACAUAUACGACUCUUACACAAUAUCUGCGGAUGAUUGGGGGACGAUUUUGAAACCACAGGGCUUGAACACAGUCCGGAACACAGACCUGGACGGUCUCUUUAUUGGCCUUUUGGUUGACAAACAGCAUGAGGUAGACAUAGUCUCUGGCGGUUUUGAUGGAUUUUACACUUACUUCGCCAGCAACAGGUUCACGUUCGGGUCAUCAUGGGGCAACUGGCCGCAUUUGGCGACCUUCGCUAGAGCCAGAGACCUCUUGUUUGUUCCAAGUGUAGGGCCGGGCUACAUCGACACUGAGGUUAGACCUUGGAACGGAGCAAACACCAAAUCCAGGGACAGAGGACGUUACUACGAGAAUGGCUUCAAGGCUGCAAUUGGCACUACGCCCUCCAUUAUUACAAUCACGUCGUUUAAUGAGUGGCACGAGGGUUCUCAGAUAGAACCAGCAGUAAUUAAGAAAAGAGGGAAGGAGAAUUAUUUAAACUAUACCCCCGGGAGGCCCGAGUACUACCUGGAUCUCACCCAGAAGUUUGUCAAGAGAUUCGAGCAACAGAAGACAGGUGGAUUGGCAAAAAUACAUGCCUGAUGUAUGCUCAGAAUUGAUGAAGUAUACUAUGCACAUCUGUGAUGAAAUGCCCAUUUCACCGUUUUGAAGUGAUUUUGUUUUAAAGUGCUACUUCAGCCCCAAGAUAAACCAGUUGAAAAUAUUAAAAUGAUAUUAAUCAUACCCUAUGGAACAGACUAACACCACGGUUCAAAAAGUUUUACCAUGAAUAAAACUACAACCUAUACAAAUGAAUAAUCCGCAAAAAGAAAAUCUUCAGCAGUUUCCGUAAAAUUUUCCUGAUGUGACUUGAUAAUUAAGAAGUAAAACGCAGUUUGCCAUGCUCAGAUCACAAAGAUAACGGCAGGCCUGCGGUCCCUCGUUGUCAAACAGUGGACAACUCCCGUGUGGUGUGCAUUACCCUGGUGAUUUGAGCAUGGCAAACUGCGUUUUAUUUCUAUUCUAACACACCAUUAUGUAAUAAGGGAGCCAUUAGAGGGAAAACUAACACUCAACCCAACCACUCUCCCCUUUUUGUUAAUAUGUAACCGUCUAAGUUGUGUUUUUAUGAUUUUUAUGAUUUUGUGUACCGUCGACUGCUCCCCUCCCCCAGAUAAAUAUUGCUAUUUCCAAAGUGGUGGAAUUAUGACGUUCUCAGUGGAGUAUUUUAUCUGUAUUCAGAUUUACAUAUAUACAGAUUCCUUAACUCA